AUUAUUUAAAGCUUUUAAAAAAUGUUAAGUGGAAAAAGAGUUCUGCCGACGAGAUGUAUUUUAAAACGGAACAAUACAUUUGAAUGCUUCUGUAGUUUUGAAAAUCAUCAAAAUCUUGAACUUAAUUAUUAUUUUGGUAAUUUGCUUGUAUUUGUUUAAAAGCUAAUCCUUUGACAUGAUUUAAAUAAUUCUGUACAAGCCAGGACAGAUUAUGAACAUGAUGGAUUUAACACUAGAAAUGUAUUAAUGUGUUGUCGUGUUUCGAUUUAAAAGAAUCAUGUCGAAAACAAUUAACAAGAAGGCAGAUACUAAAGUAAAGACUGUCAUGUUACCCGGAGAAAGAGGACCGGAAAUCCAAUAUCGCCUGACUGGGUUUCAUCAGACGAAUAAAAGAAAAACCGUUCCUAGACUCCGAAAAGCACCAAAUGGCCAGAUUUCAGCAAAGAAUAUUACAACAAAUGUUAUCCACAAUAACAAUGAACACGAAAAUACAAACGCUUCAUCUUUAGAAAACAAAAACCCUCUACCGGAAGCAACCAUAGUGUCUUUAAAAACCAAAGAUGAUGUUAAAAUUAGCCGAAUCAGUGAUUACCAACCAAAGCCUUCCACGGAAUUUUGUUGUGCGAAUGAUAAAGACACUACAGGAAGUUGGAUAUCAGGGAUUGAAUUUGUUCAGGAUGAUCACAUUAUUUUACUGGAUACUAAUAACUGUAAAUUAAAACGAUUUAACACACUGUUCAGAUUUCAAUCGGAAGUCGAGGUGCCCGUUGACUGCGCGAGCAUGACUAAAAUAUCGGAUAAAGAAAUUGCUGUUACAUGUUUAAAUGAAGUUCAUUUUUAUUCCAUCGGACAUUUUGGUAUGAGUCGAUCUUCAAAACAUUUUGAAGUGAGCGGAGAUGCUUAUGGCAUUAGCUAUGGGGACGGUAAAUAUGCAGUCACAUGUGAUAUUGAAGAUGAAGAUAAAUGUGCUAUUCGUAUUCUAGAUAUAUUUGGUGAUGAAAUACAUGUGAUAAGAAUCAAAGGUAGCGACGAUGAAGACAUUGCCAUUGGACCGUACUGUCAGAUAGACAACAUGCACCAAGUUGUUGCUGUGUCUGAUUUCGACAACCGUUUUGUACGUUGUUAUAAUUUCAAUGGUUCUUUAAAAUGGAAAUGUGAGGUGGCGGGUGGGCCAAGAGGUCUUUUAAAAAUUGGAAAUGAUUUAAUUGUUUCAGAUAAUUAUGGACAAGAAAUUUGUGCAAUAACGAUAGAUACUGGAAAGAAGAGGACACUUCUUCAUGAUGAAGAUGGCGUAUUUAAUCCAGAAUUAAUUGCAUGUAAUGGCAGAAACUUACGUCUUGCAAUAACACAGCGUGCUUUUGAUACCAUCAGUAUUUUUAAUUUAAGUAAAAGACAGUAACUAUGAAAUAAUAAUUGGGAGUAUUGUAUAUGAUAGCUAUUUUUUUAGAAUGUUAAAUGUCUGUAUCUAAGACCAAGGGGAUAUGGAGUAGAGAUUUACCCAACGACUUAGAAAACAAAAAGACAUUUGGAUGUCAAAAUACGAUCUUACAUGCAUAGUUCAUAGACACUUCGCAUGUGAAUAUAAAACCAGUUUUAAGAUAUGUUUUCCUGUUUUAUGCCUCGCCUAAUAUAGAAGAAGGUAUGAUUUCGAAUCCAUUAGCCGUCGUGUAUCAAGUAAUUGAAGACGUUACUGUGAAGUGUUGCUCCUUUUGAUGUGAACUUCAGAUAUAUGCCAAAUAACUAACAAUGAAAUGUAAUAGUGUGAACGCGGCAUUAGUUCAAAAGGAGACAUAAUGAUGUUUAUAUUUGUAUGGUUUUUCGUAGAAUGUUUAAAGAAAACAUAUUCUUGAAAGGUUUGAAUAUUUAAUGUAUAUAUUUAAGAAAUAAAGCCUAUUAAAUACCG